GUUGCCAUGGCAGCGUAGUCAACGCCAGCCAGCCAGCAGCUAGCAGCAGAUAGCACAUAGGAGCAUGUUGCUAGCUUCUCCAUUAAACACGUCACUUAUUACAACAUAUCGAUCUCACAUCAGUGAUUGAUAUCUGAUCACCUAACAGCUCAGUAUGACGGACCUUCAUCUUCACCUGGAGACAACUCUGUCCAGGUGAGUUUUCCUCCGGAGGUCCAACAUGGCGUCUGAUGCGUCUCCUCCAGGUACCGAUGAGGUGAAGGUGAGAAGGAGGAGGAGGAGGGAGCAGGAGGUGAGGAGGAAGGAGGCUCAGAAGGAGGUGGACAUCGAGGAGUUAACGUCUGCUGGUCACAGAGCCCUGCAGGAAGGACGGACUGAAGACGCUCUGAGCUGCUUUAACAACGGUCUGAAGGCUGCACAACAGCUGCAGGACUAUCGGGUCGUCCGGGCCUGUUCCUUUAACCUCGGUGCUGCCUACGUGGAGGCGGGCCAACCUAAGAAAGGUCUGGACUUCCUGCAUCAGGCUCAGCCCGGCCAGAAAGCCGACCGGCUCCCGGACCUCCAGUUUAACCUGGCCCUGGCCCACAAUGCACUGGGGCAGAGCAAAGAGGCCGCCGCCUACUUCCUGCAGGCCGCUCAGCUUUACAGAUCGCAGGGAGACGGAGGCAGCGAGGGAGACGCCUGCAUGGAGAUGAGCCGCUGCUACAGCAGAGUACAGGACUGGUCUCUGGCGGUUCAGGGUUUCCGGCGGGCUGCAGAGAGCUACAGAGUAGCGGCCAUGUUGGGUUCUGCAACCGCUGCCCUCAAAGAGGCAGGAAGUCACAUGAUCCAAUCAGAUCAGUUCAGCCAUGAUGACAUCAUUGGCGUGCUGACAGAGUGUCUGAGUUUGACAGACAGCAUCACCGACCCGAGGAUUCUGGGUGAACUGUACCUGUCAGUGGGCAUGUCUUACUGCCGGCUCAGGUGUUUCCAGGAGGCGGUCCAGUGUUUCCAGCAGGCUCUGGGUCCCAGCGCUCAGCAGCCCCCCCUGCUGGCCAAAGUGCUGCACAACCUGGGAGCCGCUCUGAACUCUCUGGGCCAGUUCACAUCUGCUGUAGGCUACCACCGGCUGGCUGCUGGCCUCUACGGCUCUCUGGGUUGCCGUGGCGACCAGGCUCGGUGUUUCAGUAACUUGGCGUUUGCCUGCAGUCAGCUGGGUGAUGAAGAAGAGGCAGCAGAGAGCUUCAUCCUCUCGCUGCAGGGAUUCAGAGACACCGAGGACCACCUGGCUCAGGUUCAGGUGUGUGAGUCGUUGGCAGAGUGUUACUUGAAGCAGAGGAAGCAGCAGAAAGCAGUUCAGCUCUACAAACAGGCUCUGGCUGCUCUGUCUCACUGCAAGGAGAGUUCUAGUGGUGUUCAGGAUCGACUGGUGGAGCGUCUAACGGCAGCUCUAAGGCAGAGUCUGCAGAGGCCACGCCCACUCAGACCACACCCACUCAGCCCACCUGUCGGACAGCUGGUCAGGAGGAGUGACAUCACACAGAGUCCAGGCAGAGCAUCCAACCAGCAGCCAGACGAUCAGAGGGGGGCGGGGCAUGGAUCACAGCAGGAGGCCACAGGUAGACAGGAAGCAGCAGAGCAUUGUGGGUCAGCAGGGGGCGGAGCCGCUGAAGGACCUGAAUACAUGAGCAUGGUACCUGGAUUACACAGUUCAGACCAAUCAGACCAGCUGCAGCACAGUGAGCUGUGGUCGGACAGAGAGAACCCUCAUACUGACAGUGAAACCUCAUUGGUCCAGAAGGCAGAGGCCCCGUCCACCAGCUCCGGUGACAUCAGAGAGGCCACGCCCCCUGCAGCCAGAUGGAGGUCUCGGUUCUGUUUGCUGAUGUAGACUCACCUAGACCUGCCUAGUUUGACCGUUUGACCGGUGUUGGCGAGUGAUUGACAGCUGCCUCCAUUGAAUGAACAGCCAAUAGGAACGCUCUCUCUCUCUGAAAUGACCUGUGAUUGGUAGAAGUCUCCCGUCACCUC